AUGUGAUGUGACGUCACGGGGAGGCGUCGCGCGUUUCCUGUUGAGGAAGCGAUCAGCUCUGCAGCUGAUUUUCACACACUUAUCCUCGUAUUUGUGUUUCAUCCAUACAUUUCAACAUCUUAAAAAUGACAGACACCGGGAACCGUUUGCGCAAGUUGCUGGAAUCCCCUAAUUUUGAUCCUCAGUCGUAUGUGAAGCAGCUCUCGCAGCAGUCGGACGGGGACCGCGAUCUACAAGAACACCGUCAGAAAAUACAAACUCUCGCCGACGAAACCGCGCAAAACCUGAAGAAAAAUGUUUAUAAAAACUACAGGCAGUUUAUUGAGACAGCCAAGGAGAUUUCUUACCUGGAAAGUGAGAUGUAUCAGCUGAGCCACAUUCUCACUGAGCAGAAGAGCAUCAUGGAGAGCAUUACACAGUCUCUCCUGUCCACAGAUAAAGACCAAGCGGCCAAAGAGAUGCUCGCAGCCUUCCCAAAGGACACCGAAGAGGUCAAACAAAGAACCCUCACCACGCUUUUGGAAAAAGUGGAGGGAUGCAAGAACAUCAUGGAAACCCCGGGCAGAUAUCUGGUCUAUAACGGGGAUCUUCUGGAGUAUGACGCAGACAACAUGUCACAGAUCCAAAAGGUUCACGCCUUUCUGAUGAACGACUGCCUGCUCAUCGCAACCUGGCUUCCCAACAGACGCGGAGCCGUCAAAUACAAAUACAAUGCCUUGUAUGAUCUACAAAGCUUCGCGGUUGUGAACGUGAAAGACAACCCUCCGAUGAAAGACAUGUUCAAGAUCCUCAUGUUCCCCGAGAUCCGCAUCUUCAAAGCCGAGAACAGCAAGAUCAAGAAAGAGUGGCUGGAGAUUCUGGAGGAAACGAAGAAAAGCAAAGUGUCAAAAGACCAACACAAAAAGGAAGUGGAGGUGCCAGCGUCGCCGGUCAGACAGGAAGUCUCCACAAACCCAUUUGACGAGGACGAGCCUCUGGGUUCGGAGGAACUGGUGGAUCUGAGUCCCGAAUGGAUCCAGGAGCUUCCAGAAGACCUUGACGUGUGCAUCGCUCAGAGAGACUUCGAGGGUGCUGUUGAUCUUCUGGAUAAGCUAAACGAAUAUCUGAAGGAGCAGCCGGUGAGUCCACGAGUGAAGGAGUUGAGGAGGAAGGUGGAUGAGCGUGUUCGACAGCUGACAGAGGUCCUGGUGUUUGAACUCUCGCCGGAUCGCUCGCUCCGUGGAGGACCGAAAGCCACACGGCGCGCCGUCUCUCAGCUCGUCCGCCUGGGACAGUCCACGAAAGCCUGUGAGCUGUUUUUGAGAAACAGAGCGGCGGCCGUCCAAACCGCCGUCCGGCAGCUUCGCAUCGAGGGCGCCACGCUGCUUUACAUCCAAAAGCUCUGCAACAUCUUCUUCACGAGCCUGCUUGAAACCGCCAGGGAGUUUGAGACGGAUUUCGCAGGCAACACUGGCUGCUACUCCGCCUUCGUGGUCUGGUCUCGCUCGGUGAUGAAGAUGUUCGUAGAUGCCUUCAGCAAGCAGGUGUUUGACAGCAAAGAGAGCUUGUCCACCGCUGCGGAGUGCGUGAAGUUCGCCGGCGAGCACUGCAUGCAGCUGAGCGAGAUCGGCUUGGACCUGACCUUCAUUUUACAAUCGUUACUCAUGAAAGACAUCAGGGCGGCUCUCCAAAGCCAGAAGGACAUCAUCAUAGAAGCAACGAGGCAUCGUAACUCCGAGGAGAUGUGGCGUAGGAUGAACCUCAUGACCCCUGAAGCUCUGGCCAAGCUCAAGGACGAAAUGCGCAGCUGUGGGAUCAGCAGUUUCGACCAGUAUACGGGAGAAGACUGCUGGGUCAACCUGAGCUACACCAUUGUGGCCUUCACCAAGCAGAUGAUGGCCUUCCUGGAGGAAGGGCUGAAGCUGUACUUCCCCGAGCUGCACAUGGUGUUUCUGGAGAGCCUGCGGGAGAUCAUACUGGUGGCGGUGCAGCACGUGGACUACAGCCUGCGCUGCGAGCAGGAGGCCGAGAAAAAGGCCUUUAUUCUGCAGAACGCGUCGUUCCUGCAUGAGACGGUGCUUCCUGUUGUGGAGAAGAGGUUUGAGGAGGGAGUCGGGAAGCCUGCCAAACAGCUCCAGGAUCUGAGGAAGGGCUCUCGGUCUGUCAGAGUCAACCCCGACAGCACCAUGUCCGUUGUUUAAUAGAGAUGUGGGUGGACGUGAAGGAAUGAAUGAGACUGCUGAUGCACUUUAGGUCUACAAAUCACAAAACAUUUCACUACAUUGCACUCAAAUGACUCAUUUUUGUUGUUUUGAUGCGCUCCGAAACCUUGCACACUCUUUAGAGAAAUAGUUGACUGAAAAUAGACAUUCGGUAAUUUUUUUACUCGCUAAAAUUCAGAAUUAGCCUUCAAAUAACAGCAUAUGGCUUUGGAACAGAAUGAGGGCGAAUAAAUGUGUCCUUUAAAAUUCAACUAUGGAAGUCUGUUUCUGCCUCAGAAUAAAAGGAAAAAAGAUAACUGCGGCUUUUUAUCUCACAAUUCUGAAUGUUUUUCAGGCUGAGACAAGAUUCAGACAAGACUUAAACUGAUGUUAGAGAAAAAAUAAUAAUAACGUAAAAAUGUUUUGUACAACGACUAACUGUAACUUUGUAUCUCAAUUGUUGUUUUUUUCUCGCAAUUGUGAGUUUAUAUAUUAUAUAUUGUUUAAUUAUAUUUUAGUUUAAAGUGCUAUAUAAAUAAAGGUGACUAUAUUACAAUUCAAACUCCUCAGAAUGGGCUAUAAACCUAUAAUUUAAAAUGCAAAUUAACUUUAAUUCUGAGUUUAUAUUUCGAAAUAUGUUCUCUUUCUCAGAAGUGUGAUGAUAAAAGUCAGAAUCGGGAGUUUAAAAAUUGGCAAUUACCUUUUCCUUUUUGUUCUGUGGCUCUAUAUCAACAGUAUAACACUUCAGAAUAUUAAUUGUUUUAAUUGUGCUUUGUAGAGAGGUCAGCUGUUGGCUCUUUAGCCAUUUAUAAUGAACUGUUUAUUAUUAUGUAAAUUAGCAUUGCCCUUCUAAAUAAAAUGUAAAGAAUUACA